AUGAUUCAAAGAGACGGCAAGUAUGGCUUGCUCAACUUGCAACUGAAUACUCUUCCUUCACAAUUGGUUCAAAUUUUUCAUGACUGGAGUGUGAAGAAUUCAAAGAAAGCCAUUGAUUUAAGAGACGAUGUUACGCUAGUCUUUCUGGGUCUCGAUGAAGAUGGAUUGGAUGAACAAUACCUCUUCAACGACAACUCUUUGAGCGGCUCUUUCAUAUAUCCAACCUCGUAUAAACUGAAAGAGUACCCUCCGUUCAAGUACAACAAAUUUCAGGGAACUCCAUACUAUGCAGUUGAUGUCACACAUAGUCAAGAACUCCAAACUUAUCUGUCAUCCUUUGAAGAUGUGAAAAUUGUCAACAACAUGAUGAGCAUUCUUACAGUGUCCAAAAAUGAGUCUUCCUUGUUUGCGUACUCCAAAAUGUAUAUGGAUUGGCUUAUGAGAAACAAGUUCUGUCCUGGCUGUGGGCAGCAAGUGAUUCCAGUGGAUGCUGGAACAAGACUCCUGUGUCAAACUCCCAAAGAAGAGUGUCCUGUAAAAAGCUCUGCUGUGAGUAAUGUCUGCUUCCCUCGUACAGAUCCGGUCAUUAUCGUGGGCGCUGUAUCCUCUGACGGGAAGAAAAUUCUUUUGGGGAACAACCAGAGACAUCCUGCUGGUCCAAACGGUAAGAGAAUGUUCUCUUGUAUUGCUGGGUUUAUGGAACCAGGUGAAACCAUAGAAGAGUCCACACUCAGAGAAAUUUGGGAAGAGACUGGAUGUUCUGCACGGGAAGUCAAGAUAGCUGCAAGUCAGCCUUGGCCAUUCCCUGCGAAUUUAAUGAUUGGUUGUUUUGGGAUUGUUCACUUCGACGGAGUUAACGAAAUUAUCAACACGGAGUUGGAUAAUGAACUGGCAGAUUGUAGAUGGUUUGAUGCUGACGAUAUUAAGACCCUUUUGAAUGGCGGGGAACUUGAGGAUAUUUCUCUUCCAAUGGAAGGAAGUAUUGCAUACGAACUAAUUAAGAGCCUUGCUCUUGGUAAAUACUAG